GCACACGUAAUUUGCAACACGCAUGCGUACAGGCUAACCCCGCCCCCUUUCCUCUCAGUUCUUCAGCCGCGCAGCGCUUGGCAAGAAUGGCGGCUCUUUUGGAAUCGCUUCUAUCACAGAAAGUGGAUAUUAUUAAGGUGGUGGAGUGGCUAAAGAGUGCAGGGGACGAGGACAAGCUGUCGAUUAGUGAGCUCGGGCUGACAGUUCACAAAGAGGAGUUCGUCCCUUUUCUUUUAAAUUUUCUGAGAGAGCAGAGCAGUCAAGCACUCACCCAUGGCCCCGCCACCCCAGCUAAGACUCCCAGCCGCCCUAGGCCUGCUGCACAGACCCAAGUUUUCUCGGAAAAGAGGGGCUGCAAGUCUGCCAGUGGUGGAAAUGGUACUCGGGCUGCGAGCCGCGUCCAGCUGUUUUCUCCUUCAUUUGUGUCACCUGGACCUGAAGGAUCUCACUGUCUGAGCGGGGUCACUGCCUUCAGCAGCCCCUCCUCUUCUACAACAUGGAGCCCUGCUUCCAGGCCUUCAGGAUCUGAGCGGCGUGGUGGGCAAAGGAUCAUGCUUGGGGACUACAUGGUUUCUCCUCCUGACUUUCAGCACAGCCCUAGCUUCCAGUCCCAGAAAAGCCGCAAGAAGAGUGGUGGCAACAUGUCAUUGGGGGGGCGAGGACGUGGAGGGCAUUAUAUUGAUGAGACUGGGGGGAGGAGAUCAGUAAGAGGAGGAGAAGGGUAUGGUAGGAUAAUUGAGCAGGUUUCACCUCCAUCUGUAGGUCAGCUCAAUUUCAACAACUUGGAGGAGUUCCCUCCUGUUGGCUCCUCACCCAUUUCUCCUGCGGCAUCUAAGCCAACUAGAAGAAUAAACCCGACACCAGUAAGUGCAGAGCGGCCACGCUCUAAACCAAAGACCUGCUUCACUUCCACCCCGUUCAGUAAACCAUCCAGCCCCCUGUCAGGAGUAGUGCCACUCGAGGGGUCGAUGACAGGGGGCAGUUCUCUGAGUCUGCAGGAAGAAAGGGAAUUGCUUAAAAAGGAAAAGACAAAGCGUGCCCAGCAGGUCGGCUCUCCUCAGCCGUCUUCUUUGGAACCAUGCACCCCUACCAAGACAGUGCUUAAAACAGGAUCUAAAGUUACACCAGAACAACAGACAACUUGUCCUGAACCAUCCAAAGUCACUUUCUCCUUGGAACUGGAUCUUUUGGUUGAGCUGUAUAGUACCUGCAUCUCUGAAAACCUCGUACCAAACAUUUUCCUGGAGCUCUUCUUUGUGAUGCAGUUACUAACGUCUCGGUCCCCUCACACUCAUGACGAUGAACAGGAAAGUUUGUGUGCAGCUCAUUCACACUCAGAUAUUCUCGAAAGAUGUUAUUUAAGACCAGUACACAAUUGUGUGUAUUUUGCAGUGAAGGUCCUGGAGAAUCAGUUUCAGUUGGUAGCUCAUUUGGACAAGUGCACAUUGCGACUGCUGGCAGAGAAUGAACGGGUGGCAUCUUUCUCUCCACAUCUCAGGGACUUACUCACUCAGGCCCAAGAUAAAAGCACGGCCAAGCUCUCUCCUUCAGUGUCCACUUUCAUCCACUCGGUCCCUUUCCAACCUGAUACUGACAACCGGUCCAACUUUAGCAGUGACAAGGCUUUCCACAUCUUCAAAAAACAGAGAGAUAUUUUUUAUGAGGUGCUGAGAGAGUGGGAGGACUUUCACAAGGAACCCGGGUGGAAUUUUGACACUGCACUUGGAAAUAGGAUCAGAGGAAUGAUGAGUCAGAUGACUUCUGCAGGAAAUCAUUCUCAUUUUGCGCGUCUGUUCCUGAAGCAGCUUAUUCAGAUGUGUAAAGGUCCCCGAGUGAACAGCACUUCUGGAGAUGCUCCUGAUGCUGACUUGUUAGGCAUGUUGGGAGCUGAGGGUCUGGGGCGCCUGAAGCGUCUUGAAGAGCGUCUCAUUCAGCCUCACGGAGUUGUUGGCCCGUGCUCACCUCCAUCUUUUCCUGGUUACCAAGAGUUCUUCAGGGACUUCCUGCAGGCUGCUAGCUGCUGCCAGCUGAACCAGCACCUGCAGGAUAGCUUGUGCCAGCAGCUACUCCAGCUGGACGAGGUGUCCAUCCUGAGCCCUCCUGCUUCCAUCUGUGAGCGGGACAAAGAGGAGGAGGAGGAAGAUGGAGACAUGGAGCAGCAGGACGAGAAGCAGCGGUUCUCCUCUGUGUUGCUCCUAGCUCGUCUUCUAGCAAAGUUUCUGGGAUUCAUUUCCUUUCUGCCUUACCAAACAUCCGAGAAGCCGUCCAGAGAAAUACAGGAUACUGCUAUAGCCCUGCGCAGCAAGAGUGUUCCAGUGCUAGAUGUGUGUGCUGUGUUGAGAAACAGUAUAAGGAGAAGGCACACCAUCCUCACUGUUCCCUGGCUGGUGGAGUUCCUCUCCAUGCUAGACUUUAUCGGCCCUCGGCUGCUCUGCUACAGGACCACAUUGGGCACACUGCUUCUCCUAUAUAGGAAACUGGUUCUUGAUCGAUGUGAAGAAAUGUGUUACCUAAAUAAGCUACUGAUGGUGUCAGUAUUAGGCUGGCUCUUUCAGAUUCCAGUGAUUCCAGAGGAUAUUUUCUUCACUAGUGAGUUUACUGAGGUUGCCAAGGUGGAAGAAAGCGACAUAAAUGUGGCAGGGCUUGACUGUAUUCCUCUGGUGGAUCAGCAGCUUCUUUAUACUUGUUGUCCAUUUCUUGGUGAAUUUCGUAAGCUUUUGGCUGCCUUUGUGUCCGGAAGCACAGCCAAGAGCGGAGGAAUUAUCCGCAAGAUUACUCCCACGUCUGCUGAGCUCAAGGACACGCCAGCAGCUCACAGGUCACAGCAGAAACUGCAGGUGGACCUCGAGCAAGCCUUCUUUCACAACCAGCCUCCAUCGUUACGUCGCACUGUGGAAUUUGUAGCUGAGAGGGUUGGAUCCAAUGCUGUCAAGCAUAUGAAGGCUACCUUAGUAAAUGAGUUGGUGGGACGAGGAGAAAAGAUGCUGAGAGACGGACUGGGGUCGCCAAACUCAAAUCCAUCAAAACUGAAUGACUCCAUUUGUGCUCAAUUGUGUGAUGCGGGAUUGGAGGCUUUGGCAAGAGCCACCAGAUUUUGCUGUGAGAAGAGCCCUGAAGCCAUACGAAUAUUGCUCCCUCAUGAGACUUCGCCUACUGUACUCGCCACUUCGGAAAACAUCACCAAACGUCUUGCAACAGAAAAAGCCUGCAGCUGGCUUUCGGCUAACAUUACAGCACUCGUAAGACGGGAGUGGAAGAGCAGGUAUGACCGCGUGAUGAAGGCUCUUGGUAGUCCACCUGCUCCAGACUCUGAUGUGGACAGAACUGUGGCUGAGCUGGUCCCUCAGGAAAAGUCACAAACUCCCAAGAGGAAACAAGGAAGUGAGAGAGUGGUGUCCUGUCCUCCCCACUGUGACCACAGUGCUUCACUGCCCUCUGACAUCAUCGUUGAAAUGAAGGAACUGCUGAGCAUCGCUGUUGGCCCGAGGACGGAUAAGGAGCUGCCGACUGGCUCUCAGCUCCUAACACUGCUGCAAAAAGUGGGAGAAACAUUAUCCUGCAGAAAGUUUUUGAAUGUACUGUCAGAGCAGAUGCUUCUGAACUGUAGUGUCCUACUGGCCUGCAAACUGGUGUCGGCAGAGCUCCCGGUGCUGCCUCUGUCAGAGUGCAGCGGACGUGGCGGGGAUGCUGUUGGUAAUGGUUCAGGGUCAGAGCCUCCUGUCACAGCGCUGCUGGAGCAGCUCGCUGAGCUGUGGGAGAAAGACAGCUGUUCCUCCGCCCCCAUCCACCUGCUCUUUACCCCACUUACAGUCACCGCUGUGCUGAAGGCCAGCGACACAGAGAGGAAGAACUACCGGUUUGUAAUUGGAAGACUGGUGGACAGAGGGUUAUUGAGUGAAGAAGAGGUCAAAUCCCAUUGGAAGAAGCUAACAGAACUGGCCUUACCUGUGGAGCAGAUAGCGAAUUUUCAGCUGAAGUUAAAGACCGUGAAACCCGUCUCACCUCUGGCUGAGUUACAAAGCCACAUGGACAUUCUGCAGGUCUCACAUCAGACAGUAGAGGGAGCUACAUGACAGCAAUAGUACUAUCCAGUUUCCCCGCCGCAAUUGUGUUUUCGCCACAGUGUUUAAUGUAACAUCUGCUUGUGUUGUUCAAGAGGUACACAGUUCUGAGUGACUUCUUUUUGCUGACUAGCUUUCUGCUUCACAGACCGUCAAAGAGAGUCAACAGUCAGCUUUUGCAAGCCUCAGGCUUAGGUUCUGUAGCUGCAAACCGAGAACUAAGGUGCCAAGUAGAACCAGAAAACCCCGUCAGUCAGGGGUAGCAUCUAUGGACCACACAAUCUCAUCUUAGAUCCAAAGGAAUUUCCUGCAGGCAAACCUGGAUUGAUGCUUGUGUCUUUAGGCAAACAAUAAACAAAAGAUCGAGACGAUGCAUAGUUUGGAGUCAUAGUAGAUUCACACUUAAGACUGAAGAAGACUGGGCAAUGAAAUGGGGAAUUUUUGCAUUUAAAAAAAAAAAAAAUUGCGUAAUUAAUAUUUAUCACGUAAAAUCUAUAACAAAUACUACAAGUUUCAAAAUUAGAAAAGUCACGUUUGUGUAAGACACAUUGUUGUCUUCAUUUCAGUAUAGCACUUUCACUCUGCUGUUGACCGCUUCACUAGUGACUGCGUUUCUUUCAUAAAUGCAAGCAUUUGUGAUCAUGUUUUUGUUCAUGUUGAACAAGCGCCCUACUCCCUGCUGCUUUUAAACUGAUAUUCUUUUUAAUGUUGCCGCAUAGUUUAAAUUCUAAAUGACAACGAUGUAUUCAGAUUUAAGUGCUUAUUGUGUAUUGUCAUGUUUGCAAUGAGUAACAUACAAUUUCGUAAUGAAAAAGAAAAUAAAGUUUAUCAGCUUGAAUAA